ACACACAUACACACAUACAAACAGACAUACAGCAACCAAACAGUAUUAAGGACAGACACAGCGACGGCCAUUGACAGAGGCACAACUCCAUUCUCCAUUAGUUAAGGAUACAAUGCGACUGACAUGACUACAGUCCUGAAAGAGAAGCACCGAGCCCUGGAGAGGUUGUCCUGCAGACUGCUGGUACAGCAGCUCUUAUCAGAGUAAACUAAUGUCAUGGUUUAACAGAGCCAUCUUGACCCUCCAGGGUGAGAGAUGGACCCCCAGGUGAUGGUGCCUGGUCAGGCUGAACAUGGACUUCUUCUGCUGGGGCAGCUGGAGAGGAUGUGGGGUGCCAGGGAACUAACUGACGUGGUUCUCCUGGCCGAGGGCAUUCCCUUCCCCUGCCACCGGGUGGUGCUAUCCGCCUUCAGCCCUUACUUCCAGGCCAUGUUUACCUGUGGUCUGAGGGAGACCCGUGGAGGUGAGGUGCCUCUCAGGGACACUCCUGCCCAGAGCCUGGAGCUGCUCCUGGGGUACAUGUACCGCGCCCAGCUGCCUCUCUCCCAUGACAACACUCAGGGAGUGGCCGCUGCUGCCUUCCUGCUGCACAUAGACGGGGCAUUCAGGUUGUGCCAGAGCUACAUGUUGGACAGCAUGGAUACUUCCAACUGUGUAGGACUGUACCACUGGGCCAGAGACCUGGGGGCCGCUGACCUGGCAGAUCUCGCCCUGAGAUACUUGUGUCGUCACUUUGCCCAGGUGUGUCAGGAAGAGGAGGUGUUGGAGUUGGAUGCCCAGAGUCUGGGGGGUCUGCUGGGUUCAGACGACCUGAAUGUGACCCAGGAGGAGAGCGUCCUGGAACUGGUGCUGCGCUGGGUGGAGAAGCGCAGGGGAGAUGAGCAGAGUGAGGCCCAGGCCGUGGAGCUCCUCAGGCGGGUACGACUGGAGCUGAUAGACCCCAACUUCCUCAGGAGGGCCAGGAGGAGAAACCCGGUAUUACUCCGGGAUGCGGAAUGCUUCGGGAUGAUCGACGCGGCUCUCCAGACUUCCUAUCUCUCUGUGGCGGCUGCCCCCCCUCGCCCCACCCUGCGUUACGGGAUGGAGACCACAGACCUGCUCCUCUGCCUGGGGGGGACUGAUGAAGGGGGCGUCCCAGCCCGCCGCGGGGGUCAGGCUGACCUCAGCUUCUGCUUCGCCCCCCAGGCCAGAAGGACGUACUACAUCCCCUCUCCAGUGAAGGGGACAGGGACGAUCACGGCAGGGGCGGUGACACGGGACAACAGCAUAGUGGUGGCUGUAGAAGAGGAGGACGAACACAGGACCAAGAGGCUGGGGAUGUACAGGUAUGAUCAAUCUUGUGAGGGCAGCUGGGAGGAGCUAUGCUGGGUGGGGUACAGGGACAUGUAUGUCCUGGCGGUGCUUGGCGAUGCCCUCUACCUGCUGGGGGGACAGAUGAAGGUCAGGAACCAUUACGUCAUCACCAACAGUGUUGAGAGGUGGUCGCUGAGAAGGGGCGGGUCCUGGCUGAGCUUCGCCCCUCUGCCUCUCCCAUUGGCCUGUCACUGUGUGGUCAGCCUCAAGGACCACCUUUACGUGCUGGGGGGCUGGACGCCACAGUCGGACCGUCCAGACGAUGAGCCAGACAGGCUGAGUCGCCGUGUGUUCCAGUUUGACCCAGGCAAGGACCGGUGGAUAGAGUGUGAGAACAUGAGGUACUCACGCUACCGCUGUGGGGUCGCUACACUCAAUGGAGAGAUCUACAUCCUAGGGGGUAUAGGGUGUGAGGGGGAGGACCAGGGCCAAUCUCGUCGCUGCCUGAGCUCAGUGGAGAUCUACAACACAGAAGAAGAUACCUGGAGAUCAGGGCCAACCCUCCCCACCGCUCUCCUCUCUCUACGAACCAACGCCUCCAACAUUGGGGAGGUGGAGGGCAAGCUGUACCUCUGUGGCUACUACAAGGGGGCAGGUCGCCAUGAGAUCAUCACCAAGGAGAUCUUAGAGCUGGAUCCCAAGGACAACGUGUGGACGGUGGUGGAGCGUCGAGCAGCCAUGCAUGACAGCUACGACGUCUGUCUGGUGGCCAACCUCAACCCCCGUGAUCUCUCAACCCUGACCUCUGACCCUUGAUGGAUACAGGACAAAAAUGGCCUAUUCAGAGGACGAGAAAACACAGAGACAAUAUUGCACAAAGAGGGACUCAUGUUGCUAUAGGCCUACCCUAUAACUUUGUUUCAUCAUCAAGACAUGAUAGCCUAUUAACUUAUAAGUACUGUAUGUGGUAUCCCUCAGAAGAAAGGAUAAGGUAUGGAAAUCAAUUGCUUUGUAAACUCACACUCUGUAAGGACAGCCUAAGCUACAGACCAGGGGUAUUCAACUCUUACCCUAUGAGGUCCGGAGACUGCUGGUUUUCUGUUCUACCUGAUCAUUCAUUGGU